AUGACUGCAGUACUUAGAAGUAUUAAAUACCUGGACUUUACAGUGCCUGACGAGUAUAAUACUUAUGUUUACUUUAAGAAAGUAGAAGCUAGAUUUUGGCAGUUGAAACAUUAUUUAAGUUUUCGUUUGAAAAAUGAUGAAAUAAUUUUACCAUUGUCUACUGUUUACAAUGAUUGGCAAACAUCUCUGCAGCUUAUUUCACAAAAUAGCAUUAAAAAAAUUUCAUCUUCUAUAACUUCAUUAUGCAAAGAUUUUCUUGAUAUUUGUGAAACCUUUGAAGGCUCCUUCAUAAAGCAAAACUGCAAUGAAGAAAUUUUGCCUAACAUAUCAAAUGAAAAACGAACAAUGGAGGAUAAUGAAGAAACUUUGCCUAAUGAAAAACGAAUUCGACAUGAUUUCCAAGAACAUGAAGAAGUCUUUAAACACGAAGAUGAAGUCUUAAUGAAUUUCUUGAAUGAGGAGAGUGAAACUGAAGAAGAAAUCUGUCAACCAGAAGCUGAACAAAUGGAAAGCACUGCAUUCGAUAUUCCCAUAUUUUUUGGUAUACUUGAUUUAUCCGGUGAAGAUAAGGAAGUAAAGAAACUUUUCACUGAUAAUGAAUGGUCAGAAAUGAAAAGCGAUUUUAACAAAACGGUAGAAUUUAAAGAUAUAGAUGAAAAAGAUGAGUUGUAUAACUUAUUUGAUAAGAUUGAACAGGCUAUUGAAAAGAAGUCGGAUGAUUUAAUUACAGAAAUUGACAAGUGUACGAUUGAGAGGGAGAUCCAAAGUCUAGCAUCUGCUGUUAUUACAAAUUCAACAAAGAACUUAACAGAUCUCUUAAUCUAG